CGAAACGAUAUAGUAACGGGUCAUAUUCAGCCUUUCACAUGGCGCCAUUGAGCUCAUAAUCGCCUGAAUAGUCCCCGAGUCAGGUUCGGGAUUUGAAAUCUGUUGGAGAGCGAGUUCAGGAUGACGACCAUACAAAUCCUAUCUGGACUUUUACUAGAGGGCAAGUUUCUGUCGUGAUAUCAAAUUUGACUAUGUAUAUUUAGGUCAUGUUGUCUCUACCAUGUUUACGAUGUCCCUUUGUGGGCUCUUCAAUCGACCUAAACACGUCUAUAUACCUCUCUUCUCCAUAAUUUGCAAAUAUUGCCGAGGUCCACUGCCGUAAUUAUCUUCCUCUAGUUCAAGUCCAAGGCCGCCCCUAAGAAACUGAAGUUGAGAGAUAAAGAGACCGAGUGCCCUCGCCAUCUAGAGAGACUAUACAUCUACUAGCCCUAUCACUGCAAGGGCCAUUAUAUCUACAUACGCCAGAUAUAAAAGCCAACAGACCAAGAAUCUUCCCAAGACACUUCUUAUGUAAUAGGUAGUCACAGGGGAAGGGGACAAGAAACUAAGCGGCGACGGCAAUGCCACCUAGCCCGUCUACCCCUAAAGAAAGAUCACAAGAAAGAGCAACAGAAGAUACAGGACAACGAAAUACGUCACAAUACAACCACAGUCGGACCUCGCGUCCAGAUUCUCCCAGCUCCAACCCUCCUUCUUUAUCAUCAUCCCCUAUCUCCCGUUCUUCGACCAACACCUCCACACCUACCGUCAUGACUACAACCAGCACCGACAACAACGACUUCAACAACGAAGAUAACACCGACGACAUCCCACAACCCCCCGGAACACCACGAACCCGACUCUUCCAAGCAAACUUCCUAACCCUCCUAACCUUAUUACCGGCGCAACGAUAUCCCCCAUCGCCGACAUCAGCCGGACCAUCACGUCGUUCUUCCAUCUCUACUUCUGCCCCGAACAUCCCCGAUCCGGACGACGAACCGAGAGAGCCGAAUACCGAUGAAUCCUCCGACCGGGAUCGGAACCGGGGUGGAGCCAAGGGCAACAGAGGCAACAACAACAACAACGACAGGUAACAGACUCAGUGCCGCGACGCGAGUACCCAAAUAUGUGGAGGUUAAAAUGUAAAUACACGUCAGCACGCACAGUGUAGUUAGCGAGAUCUCGAUGUUGGUAAACGAGAAGAAAAGAAAACGAGUACCUGGAUGGGUUUGAUUAGUUUACUCGGGGUCGCUCGGGGUCAGACGGGAAGGAUUAAGGUUAAGGGGUCAUAGCUUUGAAUUGAUUUUGGACAUUCCGCAAUCAGCAUCGAAGAUAUCGUCCGUUCUAUAAUGUUCAUGCGUACCUACCUAGGUACCUAUGC